AUGUCCGACGCGCUAUGGAGAAGCAUCCUAGUAACUUCCAUCGAUCCUAAUAACACAAGCGAUAUGUCGGCUGCCAUUCAAUCUACCAUCAGCCUCCUCGAGACCGAACUUGCCAAGGCCAGGGCUGCUCUCCUGGAAAUCCAACCCAAUGCUGGCUCAGUAAUAACUCGAGGGGAGGAAUUGGCCGUUGGAGCCAUGGCCGCCUACCGUCAAAAUCUAAUCAGCAACGCCCCGGAUUUCUACUAUGGCACUCGCCGCUUGACCCCGAAAGAGCUGGGCCUUGUUCCCGUUGUACGUGAAGUCGAACUAACAGACGAGGAAGAAAGUGUUGGAGAGCAGCCCGAGCAAAAAGCUCAUUCUGGGGCCACCAUUGAAGAUCUUCUCGCAAACACUUUGAUUCUUGACCACAUGGCGCCCUACCUUACCACGGGUUCUCUACUUUCCCUGUCCGCUACUUCACGCUAUAUUCGCUCUCUGAUUUUAGAGACCCCAUAUGUGUUUCGACACCUCGAUCUGACUACCUGCCGUGGUGCUCAGCUGGUUGACCAGUCUUUAGAUGUUGGUGGCCCAAGAGACUCGCCCGUUACUGAGGAUGAGUUUUAUUCUGGGCCUCUGAGAGACAUCUUUUCAAAUCUGGGGCGACGGCCGAUCUUGCGGGAUGUACGCACCUUGAUCUUGGACGGCUUGUCUGUUCCAGCUGAUCUAGUUUCCGAAAUAAUUCUUUCGGAGCGGUUCAAUAUCAACCUGCUUUCGAUACGAGGGUGCCACCACCUUAACGAACGGAAGCUCAUGCAGGUCCUCAACUAUGCAACUCGACCUUCACGACCAGCCGGAACGCCCCGUGUGAAAGGCAUUUACUACUUUACUCCAAUGGAUCGCCCCCGAGCUGCUGUCCGGAGUAAGUAUCGGGAUUGGUGGAGCUCGCAGUGCGUUGGCCAGUCUACCUCUGCAACUGGUCAACAAGAUGACCACCAGAAUGCCUGGUAUAGCCCGUCUGGCAAAUUACUCAAGCGACACAUUGAAGAAGGCUGGGCGCAGACUCUACAAAAAUGCGAAGGAAUCAUCGCUUUUGACGCUGCUCUCUGUCGUGGACCUCGACACGAUAUCAACUUUAUAGCAGCGGAAAAUGAGAACGAGAACGAGAAUGAAAACCCGAAUAGACUCCUAAGGCCAGCCAUUGCAACAAUCGCCAUGGGUCCCAGAGGGUGUGAUGGUUGCCACACAUCCCCAGAAGGCCCGGCAAUCUGGGGGCAGUCCCCUGACACACACUUUCCCCUUCUCGCACCACCACCUUUUCAUUCAUCAACAUUGGUGUCAGCGAGGCGUCCAGCAGUCUUUCCGGAUGAAUAUCCAGUCUUGAUCGCACGCUGCGCCGACUGUCUCACCGACCGUUGGUGUCAUCGCUGUAACAAGUGGUUUUGCGACUCCUGCCUGCCACACCCGGAACAUGUGAGAAGCAACUUGUCUCCCCAUCAAACCGCGGUUAGGGGUCCUCGUACUGGAAAUGAGAAGCUUGGACCUGGGGUCACCAAGGAUUGUUGGGAAUGCGGGCCGACAGUGAGUUUUUUUCAAGUGUUUUGUGAUACCGACUGA